CGAAGACACGAAUUUGUGGAGAAUUUAUUUGGAACAGCAGACGACGUGGGGCCAACUGCUUAUUUGCCAAGACUUGAGGUGUUAUUAGCAAAAAAACAGAGGGAGAUUGGUAGCCUGUUUGUUGUCGCGAUACAACAGUUUCGUUUCGAAUAAGGUAGUCAAGAAAAACGCCGGAAACGCGCAAACAGAGGAACCGUGAUUAAAUGGCUCCGCUGAGCAAGCUCAAUCUAAAGGCUGGAUUCGGGAGUACCAGGAAUCUUGGUUCUCGAACAAGUUCGAACGACUUUGCAGACUUCGAUGCUCUUUCAUGUCCCAACACGUUUGACGACGAUCCAACUGUCGAUGAGUUCUUUGAGCAGCGUCAAGCCAAGGGUCUCGUAGCCGGCAUUGUGGGACCUUUACAACAGCUCCCGCGAUCGCAAGCAUCACAAGAACAGCAACGAAAAAGUCAAUUUCCAGAAAAGACGAAAAUUCCACCGAGAAAUCAGACGAUUGAGCUAAGAUCGAUCAGCAAGUCUGUAGUUCGGAUAAAGUCGCCCGCGCCCAUUAGCGAUCCCGUUUUGCCCAACAAAGAACGCCAAGGUUACUUUUCUAGCGUAAAUGAUCUUUCGUCUACACAAGCAAAAACUGCCGAUAAACAUCGUACGAUAGCGGCUGCUUUAGCGGAGUCAGCCCGAAAAGGCAUUCAAAGGCGUAGUCAGAGCAUCCGUGAAAAGAUCAUGUUUCGACGGCCACCUCCUGAGAAACCAAUUCCGCCAGAAGAUCAGCAGGCGAAAAAUAGCGCUUCAAAGGAGCUGACACCGGUAACUCCGCUCGCACUAUUAGCCCGUCCACGGACGCCUCCAAAAACGCGCCUCAAACGCAUCACUCGACCGGGACCUGGUAAUACCCUAGUGAACCCAUUAUGCCUUCCUGAAGAUAGAAUCGAUACUGCCUGCAAACAAGCAACGCACGGCUAUCGAGUUAUCCCGCAGCCCAGGACCUUGACACAGAAGGUCUUGAAACGCCAUGUUUUAGGCCGAUGGUCUCUUCCAAUGGCGUCCGCUCUUGUUGAAGAGGUAGAUCCUGACGAAAAUGAUGGAAAAAUAGACGUAACACCACUUCUUACCCGUCCAGCUCAUGGGAAGAAAAAGAUUAUACCAGCGCAAAACAACAACAACCUCAAGAAAGCACCUACCCCCAACUCAUCAAUGGUUCGUGCCAACUCGCUCGUGGUUCUUACCCCAAAGCGGAAGAAGUCGCUGGUCAAAGGAAUACGUAUUCAAUUUAACCAUAGAGAUUCGCUCCGCAAGCUUUCUUUGAGGAAAACGAUAAUAGCUGGAAAGCAGCCCGUAUUGCCGUCGAAAAAGAAGCCUAUCUCUAGCAAAACACGGAACCCCUACGCCCACAUAAAGAGCAAAGUCGGAGAAGUUUUCCGUUCAGUGCUGCCGAAACGAGAUGCUGCGCCUGAGAAGCGUCCUGCGAAAGAGAGGCUGAACAUGUCGAAGUUGAAUACGACUUCCGGUUUCUCAUGUGCGAACUGCUCCACGGUCUCUGUACCUAGUUUUUCUACUGUAAUGGCAGGAGCUAGCUCAAUAAAAAAGCGGGUCCCAUCAAAACUUCGUCAAAGUCCGUCUAUAACUUCGCCGGCGUCAGCUUUCGGCGGAAACGGCAGUUACCGCAAUCCAAACCCGCCGGGAAAAACACUCGCGCAGCUUGUGAAGGACUUUCAUCGCACCCCGCCAAGAUUUCGAUCUCAACGAACCGAUACUCGAUUUGUAAAGAGAACGUUCAUCUGAACGAACAGCGCUGCUCAAUUUGACAGCGAUUGUCACAUUGUAUUGUACGGCGCUAUACGCCUCGAGUUCGGUUUAAGCCAUUGCUUGUAAUCGUAACACGAGGGACUUCCUUAAAAUGAUGGUAUACAUAGAAGACUGAAAAAAUAGCUAAUUGUUCAACGUGACAGUGACUCAUGUUUAACGGCAUCAUCGUUGCAAGUUGUCCUUUCAUUAAUGGAACUUUUUUGGUUUUUUUUUUGUGUAAUAUAUUGUGUUUAUACGGGUUAGUUUCGAAUACGUUUGCGAUAAGCGAGUUGAGUAAAAAUUGCACAUUUAUAUAAUAAUGUGUUGUUUACAUAACGAUCACCUUU